GACCAAGAGCCGUGAUCAAUUGCAACUGUAAAACUUGAGUAUGGUUCAGACUCGUUCAGCUGGCAAGAAGCACGAUGCGGAUCAGACGACCUUGGGUCAGAAGAUAGAGAGGCAGCCCAAGAAGGCGAAGGUUACGAAGAAGAAGCAUACGCAUGAGAAAGCUUCGAAGGGGAAGAGGAAGGCCAAAGAGGAGGAGGAAGAGGAAGAGGAGCCUGAUAAGGAGGAGAAGGAGGAGAAGCCAUCUGUCAGCAAGCAUGAGGCUUCAGCGGGUACCAAGCCGAAGGAUAAGGAAAGCUCAUCCCAGACUCUCGAAAAAGGACUGGUUUAUUUCUUCUUCCGCCCCAAGAUCGACGUCGAAACCCCUCACGACGCCGACGCCGACAUUCAACGCUCCUACAUCGUCCUCCGCCCCAUCGGCAAGAACGAAAAGCUUGGUGACAGUGCACGCGACGCAGAAAACGACAAAACCCGCAUUAUCGAGAUUCCCAAAAAGAAGCUACCUGCUACGGGUCGUCACGAUCGCUUCUUGACGUUUGUGCCGAAGGGGUGUGCGGGGAUGGUGUUGAAGGAGGUUCGGGAAAGACUGUGUGAGGAUGUCAAUGAGACGAAGACGAAAGGGACGAGGGUUACACCUGCUGCAAGGCCUGAGGGUGAGGGGGUUUACUCUAUCGUGCACGAUGGCAGCACCACGCACUUUGCCUAUAUGCUGACGGAUGUGCAGAAGGCCUUCAACAUUCGCAGCCAAGGUUCUUUUGUCGUCAGCGUCAAGAAUCCUGAGACGAAGCAGCCGCCUCAGGCUCGUGGGUUGCCGCAGGCUGAGUAUCCCAAGGAGGUUAUCGAAAAGUUCCGUCAACGUUCCUGGGCUCCUCUUGAACCGGAGUUUAUGAGCUACGACCAUGCCCAGAUCCUCUUCAUCGGUGAGAAAGGCGAUGUCGCGGACGAGUUGGACAAGGCUGAAAUGGAGGAGAUCGAGAAGCUCGAGGAGGAAGACGAAAAGAGAAUGAAACAUCUUGGCGAGGAAGACGGAGUCUUCAAGGACUUGAAGUUGACGAAGGACGAGUUCCCGGAGGAUGCUUUGGAGGGCACCUGGGUGCAAAGCUCCCAGGGUCAGGUGAUGGAUGUAUAAGUGGGGACAUUUGACGUCGGAGUUCUGGCC